AUGAAGGGUAUGGCACGAUGUUUUGUCUGCUGGCCAGUAAUUGAUUUAGACAUCGAGCGAACGGCCAAAUCCUGCAAUGACUGCGCUCGCAAUGCUACCGCCCCACCGAAGUUCAAUACACACCAUUGGGAAUACCCGAGCGGUCCCUGGGAGCGCAUGCAUAUUGACUGCGCAGGCCCCGUGGCGGAUACAAUGCUGUUAAUAAUCGUCGAUGCGUAUAGUAAGUGGUUCGAAGUUAAAAUCACAUCUUCAACGACAACGGCAGCCACUAUAAAUAUCCUUGAUGAACUGUUCACGGCGUACGAGGCUCCGAUAACACUAGUAUCCGACAACGGUCCGCAAUUUACCGCUUCAGAAUUCAAAUCUUUCCUGCAAAGGAGUGGAGUAAAAUCUCACAAACUUUCGGCACCCUAUCACCCAGCGACGAACGGGCAAAGAGAACGGUACGUUUAA